GUAUGCCUACUUUCCCAGGCUUGCUCCGGAGCCGGAGGUGGAGAUGCCCCUCGUUGUCUCAUAUUCUCAUCGAUACAAUGUGAGGUGCGAGCGGAGGCCGCGGGAGUCUUUCUUGUUCUUCCGCAAAUACUUUGAUACCAUAGCUGUAGCAAAGAUCGCGUGGCAGCCCUGGGCCGUGUUGCCUGAUGCAGUUAGAGACCAGUACAUGGGUGCUUGGGAGACUGCCCGAUUCUGAGUCUUGCUGAAGGGUCCGGUCUGCCGGGCUUGGUACUUGGAAGAGCGCUUCCUACAUCAGACCCUUGGUUUACUUGAGCAAAUAGUCCCGAGGCCACCUCCCGCCCAUAUAAGGCAUACAGAGAGGUACACCCGGCAGGAGAUGACCGAUUUCACGAUCGGUUGGGACGCUGACUUUUUUUAAGAUAAGGGCGACUACACCGUCUUUAUCGAGACUCAUCUUAUGCGACCUCUGGCCAGUGCUCGCCGAGUUGAGAGGGAGAAGCCUGCAGCCCCAGUAGGAGGAGCAGGAGCACCGAGGGCAACUCAGGCCCGUGACAAGAGUGGUUCCCGGAGGGGAUGGAGAGCAGAGUGGCAAGAGCUGCCCACUACCAUGACAUGCCGAGCACAGGGUGGAGAGCCUUAUCAGAUUCCGAUCGCUCCUCCCCCGGCUGAUCAUGAGCUCGUUGGAGUUCGUGGCUUGACCUCGGCUUCUAUCGAGUACACUGGGCAGGCCCUGGAGCUGACGGCUUCGGUGAUGGGGAUGCUGCAGGGGAGCAUGGACCUACUGAGUAUCUACAGUAUUCCGGCCCCAUUCUAGAUACCGGCAGCAGCGAGUGCCUCAGCGGGACCUUCAGUGCCUCCCAGAGCAGCAGGGGGAGCCGGACGAGGGAUGUCGAUACACAGCCGAGGCAGACAUAGGUGUACUCGUAUCGAGAGCAGUUCGCGGGAGCCCGCCCCAGAUGAUGAUGAGUCCGAUGUAGAGGUAGAGUCGUCUCAGGGUGAGGGUAGAGAUGGCUCGGGCUCAGACUUUGGCAGUAGAGCCGAUGGUGACGAUCCUGGACCUUCGUCCAGGAAGAGGACGAGGAGAGACUCCCGCACUUGAGGCGACCAACGCCGAUCCAGAUGCUGUUCUUUUUUUGCUUUUAUUUUCCUUUUUAUUAGUAGUUUUUGCACAUUGU